GGUUGGAGGCGGGUGCACGCCGGCGGGGUCUGAAGGACGCGGUCAGUGAUUAGACGGAGGUCGAUGCCGAACGGAGAGUAACGUGGUGGCUGCGGCCUCUGCUUCAGUCCCCGCCGCCGGUGGCUUCUGUGCAACGAACCCCGCCAGUCCCUGACCCGCACCCCCCGCCUCUUGUCCUCUCGGAUGUCUUUUAAACCGUCUCUUACUCCCUCCCAUCUUCAAUCGAUAGUUCACCACGACUUCAGUUCAUCCUUUAAGUUCCAUCCUACUACACUGUCUCGACCAAUGAUAAAAGACCUCAGGGGCGGUAUACUGGAUGCACUGUAUGUCUAAUCAGCAGGCAAAUACCUCCAAACUUAAGGAAAUAGUUUUGUGCAUUCUAUUGUAAGGACCUAAAAUGCCAGAAAACGAGCAAAUACAUUGAGCUAGGUCACAGAUCAGGCACAGUCUGGGACAGGCUUAAGGAGCUAGAUGACCUUCUGCUGGGUGUUGUUCCUAUAUUACUAUAAAUAUCAUGAAGACAUAAACUGCUCUGGCCAGGCCAGACCUGCUUCUUGCCAUUGAGGGAGACGUUCAGAAAGAGAGGAGAGCCACAAUGUUGUCUUGCACACCACCAGCCACAGAAAUGUUCAAGAAGGCUUGUAGAAAACCAAAAAAAGAUGAUCCCAAUAAUUGCAAAAGAGUCAAAUUAGAUUCAGAUGUUACCAGCACUGUUCUCGACUUCCAGAGCCCUGACAGUCUAUUUGAAAGUCUGAUCUCUCCCAUUAGUAAUAAAGAAUUCUUUGGGGAAUAUUGGGAGCAGAAGCCACUGUUAAUUCAGAGGAAUGAUCCUUCAGUAACUGCUUACUACCAAUCAUUAUUUAAGUUUGAUGAUUUAAAGGAAAUCUGCAGCAAUGAUGUGUUCUACAGUCGAGAUAUUAAUUUCUGUCGCUGUAUAAAUGGUAAAAAGAAAGUUUUAAAUAAAGAUGGAAAGGUUAACCAUGCUCAAUUAAAGAAAGACUUUGAACAGAAGAAAGCUACAAUACAAUUUCACCAGCCGCAAAGAUUUAAGGAUGAAUUGUGGAGGAUCCAAGAAACAUUGGAAUGUUUCUUUGGCUCAUUAGUUGGGUCUAAUGUUUACAUCACGCCUCCAGGUUCUCAGGGUCUCCCACCUCAUUAUGACGAUGUUGAGGUCUUUAUUCUACAGCUGGAAGGGGAGAAGCACUGGCGACUUUACAAACCCACUAACCCUUUAGCUCGUGAAUAUAGCACAGAAGCUGAAGACCGAAUUGGAAGUCCAACCCAUGAGUUUAUUUUAAAGCCAGGUGAUUUGUUAUAUUUUCCCAGAGGAACAAUCCACCAAGCAGAUACCCCAGCUGGAGAUUCAUAUUCUACCCACAUUACUAUAAGUACCUACCAAAACAAUACCUGGGGAGAUUAUUUACUAGAUGUGAUUCCUUGGCUAGUGUAUGAUUCGAUGAAAGAAGAUAUUGAACUGUCCAGAGGCCUACCUAGGCAAUAUCUUAUGCAGAUGAAUUCAUCAGCUAAUCCAGUAAAGAAAUUGAGUGGAUUCCUCCGAGGAUUGGCAGAUCAGAUAGAGAAUGGAAAAGAAACCAGAUCAUCAGAAAUGAGAAAGGAUUUUAUUUUAAACAGGUUACCUCCAUAUGCAAGCAAGACAUCGGGUUGUUUAACACAAGCUGGAAAACUGCCCAAACUUGAUGAUCAAAUCAGAUUAAGGUUUAAAGACCAUACUAUGAUUUGCCUUGAACAUGAUCAAGAAAGGAUGGAUGAAUCUCGAGAAAUGAUGGUUUAUGUUUAUCAUUCGCUGAAAAAUAGCCGGGAAAACCACAUGAUGGGGUCUGAAGACAAUGAAGAAGAAGGAUGUUUUCAGGCCCAUGGCUUGAAAUUUCCUUGUUCUCACUUGGAGGCACUGAAACAACUUGGAUUGGUGACACUAUUCUUGUGCGAGAUCUCAAGGUAGACUCUAAUGAAGCAAAAGAAAAUCUUGCAUUGUGUUUGUGGACAGAAAAGUUAAUUGAAGUGCAAUGAACUAUCAUUUGAAUUGGCUCAUUGUGGUUUGAGUGCCUUUUAACUGUGACAUAAACACUUUCAUUUCUAUAGUGUUAAUUUUAUGGAAUGUUCAUCUUGCUGCAAAAAUCCCAAGAUUUUAUGCCACGUCUAGGAAAUAAAAUGAUAUUCAUACA